AUGCUUCAACGGUCAAUAGGCAUUCAGGGCUCCCAACGACAGGACGAUGACAAUGGCGACAACCAACCUCUGGUGGACAUCGAUGACCAGGCCGAUGAACGCAUAAACGAUAAGGACGACAACGCACCAGAACAUUACCUGGUCGAGGGCGAACCUGAAUAUCUAAGUCUCGAAUACCGCGACUUUGGUUGCCUGAGUACUCGCCGCAUUGUCGACGAGUCUGUCAAGCGGAAACUUCCGAGUUGGUAUAAGGAAGCAUCAUUCGAACCUGUCAUCGCUAAGCCAAAGGUAAAUAUCCGGGACCCCAAGGAUCAGAUUUGA